UUGCGACGGGAUGUAUUGGCAGCUGGGGGUCGCACUUUACGGCGCGGUGGAGGGGCACGUCAACAGCGAUGGCGGAGGGGGAGGAGGCGGCGUCUCCGCCGAGCAGCUGGGAAAAUGAUCUUGCAGAAGCUCUAGAAGAAGGUGGUUGCGAUCUUGAAACAGUUAGAAACAUAAUCCAAGGGAGAGCAAUACCAGAUGACCUUAGAGCCAAGGUCUGGAAGAUUGCACUGAAUGUAGUAGGGAAAGGAGACAGUUUGGCUUCCUGGGAUGGUUGCUUAGAUCUCCCAGAACAGACACUGAUUCACAAAGACUGUCAAGAACUAGUUGAUCAGCUGUCUUUGCCAGAAGAGGAGAAGUCAGUAUUACUUUUGGAUAUAGACUCUGUGAUUACUUUUUACUGUAAAUCUCGUAAUGUCAAAUACAGUUCUAACCUUAGUUGGACAUAUCUACUCAAGCCAUUGGUGAAUCUUCGGCUUCCGCGAAGUGACUUGUACAACUGCUUCUAUGCUAUCAUGAAUAAAUACAUUCCUAGGGACUGUUUCCAGAAAGGGAGACCAUUUCAUCUUUUUCGGCUGCUCCUCCAGUACCAUGAGCCAGAACUCUGCUCUUUUCUAGACACCAAAAAGAUGACACCAGACUCAUAUGCACUCAACUGGCUUGGAUGCCUGUUUUCAAUCCACUGUUCAAAUGAAGUCACUCAGGCAAUAUGGGAUGGAUACCUACAACUGUCAGAUCCAUUUUUCAUUUAUUUUCUAAUGCUAAUCAUUCUUGUUAAUGCAAAAGAAUUUAUCUUAGCACCAGAGUCAGAGGGUAAAGAAGAUGUUGUGAAAUCUCUAGAAAAAUCCCCUUCCAGUUUGGAAGUUGAAGAUAUAGAAGACCUUUUCUCUUUGGCCCAUUAUUACUGUAGCAAAACUCCAGCUUCUUUCAGAAAGGAUAAUCAUAGUUUAUUUGGCAGCAGCUUGUUGGGUCUCAAAGAUGAUGAUUCAGAUUUGAGCCAAGCUCUGUGUCUAGCAGUUUCUGUAUCAGAGAUUCUUCAAGCAAAUCAACAGCAAGGGGAAGGAGUAAGAUUCUUUGUGGUGGAUUGUCGCCCUGCAGAACAGUACAAUGCUGGGCAUUUAUCGACUGCUUUUCAUUUAGAUUCAGAUUUGAUGCUCCAGAACCCUUCAGAAUUUGCCCAGUCUGUGAAGUCCUUGUUAGAAGCACAAAAACAGUCCAUUGAGUCUGGCUCCAUAGCUGGUGGAGAGCACCUUUGUUUCAUGGGAAGUGGUCGAGAAGAGGAGGAUAUGUACAUGAACAUGGUGUUGGCACACUUUUUACAGAAAAAUAAAGAAUAUGUAAGCAUUGCUAAAGGAGGAUACAUGGCACUGCAACAGCAUUUAGCAGACAUUAAUGUGGAAGGACCAGAAAAUGGAUAUGGCCACUGGAUUGCUAGUACUUCAGGUUCAAAAAGUAGCAUUAACUCCUUAGUUGAUGGUGAUUCUCCCAAUGGUUCAAACGAUGGGAAAGGGGUCAAAUCUUUGGUAAACAAGAUGACCGAAGCUUUGAAGACUAGAUCUGUAAAUGUGAAAGAAAAAGUUAUUAGUUUUAUUGAAAAUACAUCAACUCCUGUAGAUAGAGUUCCUUUCAAUCUUUCCUGGCCUGAGAGAACAAGUGUGUUGCGGCAUGUCAGCAGCAGUGACAGAGUGGGGAAACCUUAUCGUGGUGUGAAACCUGUUUUUAGCAUCGGGGAUGAAGAAGAAUAUGAUACUGAUGAAAUUGAUAUAUCUUCUAUGUCAGAUGAUGAUCGGAAAGAGAUUGUCAACAUUCAGACUUGGAUAAAUAAACCAGACAUAAAGUAUCAUUUCCCUUGUAAUGAAGUGAAAGAAAAUGGAAAUGUGUUUGCUAGUCAUCUUCUAGUAACUGCAACACAUAUGUACUGUCUGAGGGAAAUUCUCUCUCGAAAGGGAUUCGCUUACAUACAGUCUCGCCAGGCUUUAAGUUCUGUCGUUAAAAUCACAUCCAAGAAAAAACAUCCUGAAUUAAUAACAUUUAAGUAUGGAAACACCACCACUUCUGGCAUAGAGAUUUUGGCAAUUGAGAGGUACUUGAUUCCAAAUGCAGGUGAUGCUACCAAAGCCAUAAAACAACAGAUUAUGAAAGUUCUGGAUGCCCUGGAAAGCUAAUAAGAAAAGACUUUCUCAAUGGUGUCUUAAAAGAAAUGGACAACAAAGAAACUUUUCAUGGACCUAAAAUGACUGUGUUCCCACUGAAUACUAACCUAAGAGGACAUUUCAGUUUACUGAAGGGAGUGCCUGGAUAGCAGGGUUAAGUUAGGAGAAAUUCAACAUUUUGAAUGGAUUUUUAAGUAUUUUUCUUUAACAUUCUUGGAUUUUGAAAAAGUUGUUUAUUAUAAAGGUCAGUUAUUUUUAAAUUAGUUUUAGAGGAGCUGACCUGUUCUUAAGAGGACUUGACACACAGGUGUUUCUGAAUAUUUGUGUUGAAGCCACACAGCACCUCAAUAUUGGAAAAUAUAGUUCUUAUGUUAAACAUUGAGGACUAUAAAAUGUUUUUAAAAUCCCUCAGUACUGAUUAUUUGGCUUGAUCUGAUGGAUGUAAUAUUAAGGAAUAACACAAGAAAUAUAGAAACUAAAGGCAUCUUUUCUUUACAAAAAAUUGGGAUCCAACAAUAAAGAAUGUCAUAAUCCACCAAGUUGGAAGGCAGGGAGAUGCACACUCUUCUGUCUUAGUGAUUUUUAAAGUCUUCUAUACACUAUCAGGUUUUUAAAAAAGGGGGUUAAAUUAUAAACCUUGAAAUGUUAUACUGAGUGCAGUAAUUAAAAAGCUCACAGGUUGGUGAUUUGCGUUAUUACAAAAGCUAAUGUUUUCCUGCAUCCAGUGGCAGUGUUAGAGUUGAACUUGAAAUCACAUGGUGAAAUAUAAGAGUUAGCCAUAAUAAUGAGACAACAGCAAUCUUUAGGAUAUCUUUGUUUGAAAUUGCCUAGCACAGGCUGAAGCUAUAAUGCAUAAAAGUGAAGCAAAGGAAUCAUUUUGUGUGGAAUACAUUUUUUCUCUUUCCGAUAGCAGGUUGAAGUUUUUUGGGAAAAUAAUGUUUUCGGUGCUUAAAUCUGUAGUGUACACUUAUUGACCAAACAUUUAAGGAGGACUUGAAUGCACUUAGGAGCAAGCUGGUAUAUGUUGUCACGAAAGCCUACAUGACUUGGGAAUAAUGGUUUGACAUAACUUUUUGUGCUGGCAAAAAUGAUAGCACAUUUGCAAGUCCACAAUGUACUAUUACUGUAUCAUAAGAAAAUAAAUCAGCCUGACCUUUAUAUCAAUCAGCAUUCCUAGUUUAUGCUCUUAGCAGGAAUCAAGUGAAGGCACUUUAACCCCAAAACUAACUCCCAUUUUUAAAAUAUUUAAGCCAUCAACACUAAAAUUUAAAAAAAAUUGAAGAUGAAUUGCAUGAACUGCAUUUCUGCCAAUGUUCCUGUAUUUAUAGUUCUGCCCCAGAACAGUUGUAUUCCUUUUUCCUUCUCCUGUCCCCUUUUAAAAACAAAAUAAAAUCACUUAAAAGACCUUCAUUAUUGUGCCUACUUCAGCUAUGAAUUUUUUUAUAAGGUUUAUGUAAAGAUGUUUGUGUAACUGUUUAUAAACUGCCAUUGUAAAUAAAUCCGUACUAUUUGAA